AGUCACUCUUGCCAACUUUUGUGAAUUGUGAUCGUGUAUUGCAGGCUGUUGACUGUUUAUUUCAUUGACUUUGAAAUACCAUUAUUGCAUCAAGAUAAUUUAAGCAGGAUCUAGUCUGGAUUCUUGGUUUAGAAGUGUGCAGAAGCUGCAGAAAAGUGCCCACGAGUCAUGACAUGAUGACUGACCUUGAAUCUAAUAAUGUCGCUGUUCACGUUACGGCGGAACUACCCACAAAGGCUACUUGCACGACCGAAGGGAACUGCGACACCUGCAAACAGGUGAAGUCAACUAAAGGCACCGCUGAACUCUUCCUGAAAUCGGUCUCGGUUUGGAUCAACAAACCCCACGUGGUCAACCGACGCUUGUGUGGGUCAAAGACUGUCGCAGUCUGGCGUUCAGACUCCAGGAAGGAAAUUGAUCGAACCCUGAAGGACUAUGCAGAAAAGAGUGAUGUGCGGGGUGAACAUGCCGGUGAUGUGACUUUCAAGGAUCUGUCGGAGGAGAGUUCAGCUUUUACCCUGUUGAUUCGAGAACUCAUUCCAAAAUCAGACUACUUUGCAAACAUACUGGAAGCGGUUCUUUACGAUAAGUCCCAAGUUUCUGUGAGUUUCAUCCCAAUUUGUGAGAACAGGGUGCCGGAAUCGAAGAAAGUGAAGAAAACGUCGGAGUUGAAGUAUACUGUCAGCUUCUCGCAGCUGGAUGAAAACUUCCCGGAAUGGGCGCAGGUGAAUGAAAUCGUUUUGUCGUGGGCGCGCAAUCACGAGGGACAGGACGACAACGUCCAGCGACAGAUGACGUUGCAGUGGCUCCGCACCACCCUCCUGGAAAAACUGGUCAACUGGUCGCACAUCAACGACAUCUCCACGUCUGCGACGUCGCUCCAGCUGGUGGCGGUGGACAAGUACAAGGACGUCUACAUGCGCCUCAAAAACACGUACGGGAGGGAGCUGGUCAAGAACUGGACAGAGAGCACAGACCCAAAGAAAUUUGUGUAUGAAGACGUGGCCAUUGCCGCUUAUUUGCUGCUUAUCUGGGAAGAAGACCGAGAGAAGAAAAAUGUGAAGCAGAAACAAAGCUUUGUGGAUCUUGGCUGCGGCAACGGCCUGCUUGUCUAUAUCCUCACGCGAGAAGGGCAUCGUGGCCUUGGGAUAGACCUGAGGAGACGGAAAAUCUGGGACACGUUUGGCCCCGGCAUUGAGCUCCAGGAAAAAGUGAUCACUCCUUCAGCCGAGCAUUUGUUCCCGGACUACGACUGGAUCAUCGGUAACCAUAGCGACGAGCUGACGCCAUGGAUUCCUGUCAUAACUGCCAGGUCGUCGUACAACUGCUGUUUCUUCCUCCUGCCGUGCUGCCACCACGACUUCAUCGGCAAGUACGGCACGGUGGAGAAAGGCAAGAGCCACUACGGCUCCUACCUGGAGUACGUCAAGGAAAUUAUCUACAGCUGUGGCUUCCGGCCCGAAUGUGACACGUUGAGGAUACCAUCGACGAAACGGAUCUGUUACCUGGGGCGAGAGCGGUCGUACAGCGAGCAGAUGGAGCCGCAGGUCGACCUUGACAGACAAGCCUACAUCGACAAACGCACGACUCACAUCACCUUGAUGACUCACUCGCGGAGCAAAAAACGUGCGCCCUACGUCGGAAUCAGCUUCCUGUCCAGCGUGGCUCCAAAUAUAGAAUCGCCGCACGAGGAACAUGCUCAACAAUCGGUGGAGCUCAGGUCUGCUCACAACAACAACAACAACGGUUAUGACACGCAUUCUGUGAGUGCUUCAAAGACAGCUGUGACCAAUGGAGAUAGUUCGGUAGAUAGUUUGCUAUCUGGGCAGUCAGGAACAACUGAAAAAGUUGACGAUUCUGAUAGGAAGGAGGUCGACGCUGAUGGUGUAAAGUCCCGAACUACUUCAGGGUACAAGAGAAAAGCCGUGGAGUCGGCCGCGGAAAGUUGUGGGGGGAAGGGAACAGACAGGGAGAGGUCGCAGGCUCAGCUCGGGACGGCGAAGAAAGUGAAAGAGGAGCUGAGUUUUGAAAAUGAGGAAGCAAAUUUAAAUUUAGUCUCAACCUCAUGUGAUACAACAAGCAAAGACAUUUGUGGGAAUCUGAACAUCUCAGGUGGGGGAAAGCAAACGGAGACCGGGCCGUCUGUUAGGACGGGUGAGGAGUCGACACAACAGAUGGAAUUGGCUGAUGACAAAACAGGAACAUCGGUGGUACGGACGAGUGUAAAAACGGAGGACGGUGGGGCGGGGCAGUGGGCGGUGAAGUUCACACCUCGGGUGGAGGGAGCCGUGAGGAACUGCCAGCAGGUGGCGCAGGAGACAAAGACCCGGAUUGUCUCGGCCGUGUUCCAGAAGGUUCUCGCAUCCGAUGAGUCCGCUGUGGCUUCCCUGGAGAACGGGAAGUGUUGGAGGAAGGGAGGUGCGGUCCCGUUGGGCGACGUGGUGCGUCUGUUCGACAAAGCCACCAUGCAGGAGCUCAAGGCCGAGUGCGGAGGUCUCCAGACUUUGUUACGUAACCACAGCCACAUCUUCCAAGUGACUGGCGGGGUGGUUCGUCUACGAGAUUUCACCAUGCUGGACCCCUGGGAAGGUCGGAAGCCGAAGAAGACGAAGAGUCAGGAGAGGAAAGUGAAGACGACGCUGUGCUGGUUCUUCCAACACCACCCGGACGGCUGUCCGAGGGAGGGGGAAAAAUGUCUGUUUGCUCACGGGGAGGGGGAGCUGAAGGAGAGGUGUCAUUCGUAGCUGUGUGUGUGCGUGUACUGUGUGUGUCUGUGUGUGUGUG